CUUUUUUCUCGUCAUCAUAAUUUUUUUAUAACUUUUCCUACACGUAUUUUCUUUCUACUCUAUCGUUAAAAAAAAAAGGAAAAAAAAAAUUAACAUGGGUGGACACAGAGUUUAUAUUGGACAUCUUGCUCGUGAUGCUUCAAGAAGAGACCUUGAAGAUCUUUUUAAAGAUUUUGGCAAAAUUCUUGAUGUAACUGUAAAGACAGGUUUUGGUUUUGUUGAAUUUGCAGACAAAAUGGAUGCUGAAGAUGCAGUUCACGACAUGCACGAUACUAGAUUCUUAGGUCAAAGAAUCGUUGUUGAACUUGCUAUGAGCCGCCGUCGUCCUGACCGCUUUGAAAUUAAGGACACCAAUCGCAUUAUUGUAAAGAAUAUCCCAUCAAAGACUACUUGGCAGGUAAAAUACUUAUCUCCUUUUCUAUGCUGCUAUUAGGCCGUUCCUAUUCCCUUUCUCUUUUUUUUCCCAUUUUCACUACUUUAUUUGCUUGCUUUUACUUUUCUUUUUAAUCUCUUUUUUAUGAUCAAAAGAUUUUUUUUUUUGCAUUUAUAUUUUUUUUUCUUUGUUCACUGGUACAAGAUAAGAAAAAAUUAUGCUUAAAAAAAAAAGAAUUUAUUUGUUCAUAAGCGAAGUAUUAAAAAAAAAGUAAAAGCAAGCUGAGACUUACUUAUAUUAAAC